AGACUCCGGGAGGGGUUGGUCUUGAGGAACUGAAGCUCUUGGCAAAGACGUCUUUCACUUACCUGCCUCUACACUUGCACCUCCGCUUCUCUGUCUGCAGAGCGGACGCCGACUCUCUGGGUGACGAGAGACACUGGUGGGAUUGUCAUGGCCUACCCAGGAUACGGAGGAGGGUUCGGAAAUUUUAGCAAUCCUAUGCCAGGAAUGCAUAUGCAUGUGGGACAGCCAGUGCCAGGAGCAGGGCCAGCUGUGCCCCCUAGUGGAUGCCCUGCCUACCCACCUUAUUCGGACAGUUAUCCCCCAGCCGGAGACCCCAUGUGGACAUACUUCACUGCUGUUGCUGGCCAGGAUGGUGAAGUGGAUGCUGAAGAACUUCAGAAAUGUUUAACACAGUCUGGAAUUAGUGGGACUUAUUCUCCCUUCAGCUUGGAAACCUGCAGAAUUAUGAUUGCCAUGUUGGAUAUUGCAACAGGAAAAAUGGGAUUUAAUGAAUUCAAAGAACUUUUGGCAGUAAUUAAUGCCUGGAAGCAAAACUUCAUAAACAUUGAUCAUGACAGAAGUGGCACAGUAGAGCAUCAUGAAUUGAAUCAAGCCAUUGCUGCUAUGGGUUAUAGGUUGAGUCCUCAAACAUUAACUGCUAUUGUUAAACGUUAUAGCAAGAAUGGCAGAAUCUUCUUUGAUGAUUACGUUGCUUGCUGUGUGAAGCUUCGAGCAUUGACAGAUUUUUUUAGGAGAAGAGACCACUUGCAACAAGGGAUGGUGAAUUUCUCAUAUGAUGAUUUUUUACAGGGCACUAUGACAAUUUGAAUGUCAAGAAUUUGAAAACUAAAGAAAUACUGUGAAUUUUCUCUUGCUUGGAAGAAAUGAACUGGACUACUUUGAAUUUAAGCUUUUGAGGUUUUCCCAUAUUCCUAUUAAAUCUCUUCUCUUUCCAUGUGUUCUUACUUUAGCUCACAUUGCAAAGCAAUAGAAGAGAUGCUUUUUGUAUUUGAGUAAUGUUAUAACUUUUAAUAAUGUUAUAAUUUUUAAUAAUGUUAUAACUUUAGUAAUGUUAUAACUUUACAGAUAUCUGCAUAAUAAGUAUUGGUACAUGAUUAAAUGAUAUAAAACCUCUUAGCUUUAAUUUUUCUUUCUUAAUUACAACAUAGGUUACAUAAGAAGCCAAAUGAUGAAAGCCUAAAUAAACUAAUUUAUACUUACCUGAAGGUUACAAAUUAUACUUUGAAAUUUUGUUUGUGGUUUUUGGUGUUUGACAGUAAGCCAGAGGGGAAAACUAAAUUUUGUGCCAUAUUUGUAAUAGGGUUUGUUCUUUGAGCACAUAAUCAGAGAACAGACACUCAUUGCCUUUGUGAAGAAGAAAAUUGUAGUUCCUAAAAUUUUAUCUUAAACCACCUUAGGUGAACCAUAAAUUAAUCUAUAGUGAAAUAAAACUACAGGUGGCAUUGCUUUUGCUUUUAAAAAAUUUUUGCAAUAUAUUUUUUCUUCACUGUUUUAUUGUCUUCUGUGGAAAAAAUUCUUAUUAAAUGUAACUUUUUCUCUUUGUGCUUUAUAGAUAACCUAAAAUGGCAUCUUUCUCCUAAUCUAGAGUUUUUGGAAACCACAUAUUUUAAUGAAAUGUCAAUAUUUAUUCUUUUAUUAAACUAAAUUGUUUACAAAGUUUAAAAAAAUCAAGUAAUCUUGAUGUGUUUGUUUAAAUGUUCAGAAAUUAGAAGUUUGACUUUCUUGACAGCAUUAGCGGGUGAUUUUUGGCAUUAGUAAGCAAUAAGUCUUUACCAGUAAGUUUUUACCAAGAAGUGUAAUGUGGGUCCUGGGCCAUGGAGGCAGCACAGCGGCAUUUCUGAGUUACUGUGAAAAUUGCAAAGUGGAGUUACUAUGUUCUUAGCAUUUAAGAUUCCUGUCAUAAACUGUUGUAAUUAAUCCAGCCCCUUUCUUGGCAAACACCUCUGAGCCUUUCUCAAUGAAGAUUUAAUAAAUCACUUAUUCUUCUAACACUUUAACGGAAUAUCUUCUAGCUUGAAGGUGAAUGUAAAUUGAUAUAGCUGGUGACCAAAUUAAUAUAUAGUAAACUGUUUCAUAAAAGGGAGGAUGAAUGGCAGUAUCUUGGAAAAAAAUUUAUAAACAUACCAAAUUUUAAAUCAGCUUUCACUUUACGAAAUCCUAGAAAGGAAAUAAUAUAUAUUCAUGUCAAUAUUGAUAAUUUUAUAUAAAUAGCUGUCAUAUUCAGUCAGCUUUAUAAAAAUUCGUGGCUAAAUAAUCCAGGUAAUUUCAUCCUAUGGCUGUUAAUUUUUUUCAUGAACAUACAUUUGAUAAUGCAGGAGGAUGUUAACUGAGCCAUAAAAGAUAAACACACUGUAUAUCACUUAGGUUGAAUAAGGGUGAUGCUAUGAUUCAGCAGCAUGGAAUUUGUAUAGGUGGUUGAAUUACUGUACUAGUCUGAGGUCAGUUAUAAUUUUCCUUAUUUGGAGACUCAUAGUUGAGGUGAAACAUGUUUAAAAAUGGCUUGUGAUUCAUAUAAGUUUUGCCAAAUGAUACUUUGUAUCAAAACUCUUUAUAUUCUCUAACUCGUCCUUUUCCAGAGUUGUUCCUAUGAAGGAGGUAUCUCUAUGACCAAACGUAUUUGGCAAAGUCUUACAUUCCUCUGGGAGCUUAGUAAAGCCGAAGGUACCUUAAAUCUUGUUUAAUUUUAUUUAACCCAAUUCUUUCCAAACUUUUUUGACCACAGAACCCUUUCUCUUAAGAAAACUAAUGUUCCACGCCAAAUCAACCCAAUUGUCUGACAGUUCUUUUGCAUUUUACAUCAGAUGGAUAAAUUUAUAUACACAUUAACCAUACAGAAUAUUUUACUAGAAUUUUUUACUAGGAUUUUUAUACUGAAAUGCAAUUCACAUUUUUGAUGCUUUUAAAAUAACUGAUGUAAACAGACAUCCAUUACCAAAGUAAAAAUUAAAUAAUUUUAUAAUGAAUAUGACUAGGAUAUGAAUAUAGUGUGGGAGUUUGUACUGGUUAACCCAUGCCCCAGUUUUUUUAUGAUGAUGUAAAUUAUGGAAUAAUGUACACUCUUAAUGUCUAAGUGCUUUUAUUUAUACAGUAAACAUGUUUCUGUGUCAUUUUGAGAAUUUUUAGUAAACAUUCAAAUAGCUUGCUAUAAAGUUUUGCAUCAUACAAAAUCUGUUAACAUAUAUAUUAUGAGAUGCUUCAGUUCAAAUAACAGUGCAGUGAUUCACCCAUGCCUAAAAGACUGCCAAACAAUUAAUCUCAGGUGUUGCACUUCUACUUCGAGUGGAAGUUUACAUAUUUUAAAUUACAUCAAGGGGACAUCAAUACUAUUGGAAACUUAAUUUGGUCCACUUUAAAUGUAAUUUCAAAGACUGUGCCUGUAUGAUCCAUGUAAGCAUGCAUUCAGAAACAAAAAGUAGUUAAAAAAAAAAAAGUCCAAGUGAUAUGUUUAUUUCCAGAAAAAGCAUUUAGUCUGGAAGAAAGUAAAGCUUAUUACUGAAGUUUAAAGUCUUUGUAAUGUAAUUAAAGAAAAAACACCCCCACAUUUUAACCCAAAAAUUUAAUUUAUGAUGAUUUCUUUAUGUAAAAUGUACAAAUCAAGUUAACUUGUAAUCAUAUGGCAUUACUAAACCGGACAAACAAAAUAAAUA